CUAUACAUCAGCUGUCACUACGUGUGAUAUCACACACGUGUAUUCACCAACUUGGUAGUGCGCAGCCGCACCAUGGCUCUGGUCGCGCUGCCGACGAGAGCUGCACGGACGGUGGAUCACGAAGGCUUCGUUGUGAGCCAGAAUCAUGGCGCGCCAGAGUACCACUGGAUACGUAUUUGCGGGGUUGACGCCGCUACGGGCAGUACCUCCAACGCAGUGCUGCAGGCGGCGCCAUCACUGGAGGCGCUGCUGGGGGGCGGCGCCGGCGGCGCCGGCACCAGCAGCUGCGGGGGUGGCGGGGCCGCGGCAGCGGGCGCGCUGGGUGCGGUGAUUGGCCGGCUACGGGCGGCGCCAUCCCUGGACUCCUUCAUGUCAGACCUGCAGGAGGUGUUGGAGCGCCUGUCGUAUGCCACGUCAGCCGGGCCGGGGCCAGGCAGCAGGCAAGGCGGGGCUGGCGCCGCCGCGGGCGCUGCUGGCAGGCCUGCCGCCGCUGCCGGUGCCGCUGCCGCUACCUGUGCCGCUGCGGCCUCCUCCUCCUCCUCCUCCAGCAGCAGUCGGCUGCUGGCGCUGCUUCUGUCGGACCUGGAUGCACUGGGCUGGGGCUGCCUGGAAGACCUGGACCAGGACGCCGCCCGGCUGAGUCUCCGGCUGGUCGACGGCUGCGGCCGCGAGCACCAGUUGCGACUCAGCCUGCCGCACGACUACCCUGCCUCGCCGCCCGCCGCCGCCACCGACCUGCCGCUGCCCCUGGCCUUCACCUGGGUGCCGCCGCCCGCAGCGGCAGCGGCACCAGCGCCAGGCGCCUACGCCGCACAGCGCCAUCACCGAGGGCCAGGAGCAGGAUGGAGCGCUGGAGCUGGACCUGGAGGCGGCGGCGGUGGGGGAGGCAGCUGCAGCAGCCUGGUGGAUGUGUACAACGUGUUUGAGCAGGCGGUGGAGCGCUGCCAGCCGCUGUGGGGGUGCCUGGAAGACAUCGACCGCAAUGCCCACGUGUUGGACCCGCCGCCCACCGUGUCGGCUGCGCGCCGCCACCUGGGGCCGCCCACGCGGCGGCUGGCGCUGGGCGGCGCCGCCUCACUGCAGCUGCGGCUGGACCCAGCGGACCCGCGCGGCCCGCCGCCGCUGCAGGGCGGGGGCGGCGCCGUGGCGUUCCUGGGGCCGCCCGAGCACGUGGAGCCGCUGCGGGAGGCGUUCUUCGACCGGCUGCACCUGUGGACCCGGGACAGGGGCCCUGUGGAGAACUUGGAGCUGCUGCUGGGCAAGCCGCUGCCUCGGCCCGCAGGCUCAGGAGCAGGGCCAGGGGCAGGGGGUGCGGGCGUCGGUGGGCGGCAGCAGGGCGGCCAGGAUGGCCAGCAGGUGCCGGCAGGCGACCCGCACGCAAUGGAGGCGGCGGCCGAGUGCCCCAUCUGUCUCAUGUACUUGCUGCCUGCUGGGAACGGCGGUCCGGCGGCGGCGGAGGGGCCGCAGGACGUUGACAUGGGGGACGACGAGCCGGGCGCGGGGGCAGGCGGUGCAGGGUUAGUGCCGGAUGUGGUGUGCCCCACGCCCGCCUGCGGCCUGGCGUUCCACACGCCCUGCCUCGCCGAGUGGCUGCGCUCCGUGCCCGACACGCGCGUGUCCUUCAACAAGCUGUUUGGGCGCUGCCCCUUCUGCAGCAAUCCCAUUACUGUGCGGGCGUAGCCUGAAUGGGCGAGCUGGUUCGGGCGCGUGCAAUCAUCACAUUCCGGACGGUCGUGCGGCUGAAAGGGGCAGUCUUCGUCUCAAGUCGUAACCGCGCGCUGAUAUGUAAAACAGAGAAGAC